AUGCCUCAGUACAACGUCACCUUGAAGGCCGAUGCUCCGCCCGAGGCGUUGGAGAAGGCCAAACAGGAUGCACAGGAGAAGGGUGGCACCAUCACACACGAAUACUCUCUCAUCAAGGGCUUUAUGUAUGGACUCCACUUUCCCCGCAGACGCUCUUUUGUCCACCCAAGCUGGCACUACUUUGCCCCUCAAUCCCCUCACAGUCAUUUGAAAAGUCAUUCACUAAUAUGCGGUCUCGGCAGUGUCGAAUACCCACCAGAUCACGUCGACACCCUCGAGUCCAAUGAUAGCAUUCACGUCGAGGAGGACGGUGAAGUGAGAACCCAGGAGUGA